UCGAGCUUGUUCCCACCCGGCGAGGCUCCCGCCCCGACUCGGACCCGACUCGUCGCGGCGGCGGUUGGGAUUGGAGCUUGCACAGCAGGCUCGCAGAUGGGUCAGGGGCUGUGGAGAGUUGCUAGGAACCAGCAGCUGCAACAUCAAGGAUACAGCGGACAAAGCUAUCUCUCCAGAGAGCAUGGUAGACGAAUCACUACUAACAGUAUUUCCAAUGCAAGUCAUCGCAAACAAGCCCAAGGAGGCAUUGAUAUCUACCAUCUGUUGAAAACAAGAAAAUCCAAAGAACAAGAAGGAUUCAUUAACCUGGAAAUGUUGCCCCCUGAGCUUAGUUUUACCAUUUUGUCAUACCUGAAUGCAACUGACCUCUGCCUGGCUUCUUGUGUCUGGCAGGAUCUUGCUAAUGAUGAGCUUCUCUGGCAAGGGUUGUGCAAAUCCACUUGGGGUCACUGUUCUAUAUACAAUAAGAAUCCACCUCUAGGAUUUUCUUUUAGAAAAUUGUAUAUGCAGCUAGAUGAAGGCAGUCUCACCUUUAAUGCCAACCCUCAUGAGGGAGUCAACUACUUUAUGUCCAAAGGUAUACUGGAUGACUCAUCAAAGGAAAUAGCCAAGUUUAUCUUCUGUACAAGGACACUAAAUUGGAAGAAACUGAGAAUCUAUCUUGAUGGAAGGCGAGAUGUUUUGGAUGACCUUGUGACACUGCACAACUUCAGAAAUCAGUUCUUGCCAAAUGCACUGAGAGAGUUUUUCAGGCACAUUCAUGCCCCCGAGGAGCGUGGUGAAUACCUUGAGACUCUCAUAACAAAGUUCUCACACAGAUUCUGUGCUUGUAACCCUGAUUUGAUGAGAGAGCUUGGCCUUAGCCCUGAUGCAGUGUACGUACUAUGCUACUCUUUGAUUCUGCUUUCCAUUGAUCUUACCAGUCCUCAUGUGAAGAACAAAAUGUCAAAGAGAGAAUUCAUCCGAAAUACAAGACGUGCAGCUCAGAACAUCAGUGAAGAUUUUGUAGGGCACCUUUAUGACAACAUCUACCUUAUUGGCCAUGUGGCUGCCUAAAAGCACAAUUUGCUAAGACUUAGACUUUGUAGUUUAAAAAACUAAAUCAAUCCAAGGAAUUAAUUAUUUUGUAGAUAUGGGGGUUAUAUUAGUGCUGGUCAUUCUAACCUCUGUAUACAAUCAAAAUGUGAGUGUGUGCGUGUCUUACCUUUUUUUAGCAAUUGAACCAUGGGAUCCAAAAGAUUUGGGGAAUUUUUUUCCAUAACUUUGCUUAUGUUUUGCACAAAGCAGUUCCAUUAGUUUGACAUUAUACUGACGUACCAUUUAUGAAUGUUAAACUGACAUUACACUUUUAAGCUGACAGUGAUGGAUUUGUGCAUUAGAUUUGCUUGAAAAUUUUAACCAGUUCCAUAAUUUUUUUAAAAUACUAUGUAAUGUGUACAUAUUUAACUAAAGAGAUUUAUAAUCAUAAUUAUUUUAUUGUAAAAUAUUUUAACUAAAGGUUUUUCUUUUCACUCUUAAAAAAUAGUGUUGUAUACUUUUCCUUAUACAUUUCAUAUGUUGCUCCUGUUUCCAUCACACUGGUUUUCUCAACGGUAAGAUAAAGAAAAGUUAGUCUGAAUAAGUGUUUGUUCCAGGACAUAAGCAGUUGUGGAGUGUCCAGACUAUCAGUUAGUGUUGUAUUUGUUUACUUGAAUUAAUUGACAAUUAUUAUAAAUUUAAGUUAAAACAGGAUUGAACACUUUUGUGUAGACAAACCCUAAGGCUUUACAUAAAGGUAGAUAAGAAAAAUGGUGUUUUUUAAUACUGAGUUGGCUAACAUGGAUUGUUAACAUUCUGUACCAUGUAAGUUAGGUACAUUUGCAGUUGUGUUUCUUAAUUAUAACUUACUACUGGGGUGGCCAGCCUGUGGCAUGGGCAACCUCUGCAUAUAGCAUAUGGCAGAUGAGACAUAAGACAGGCAGCACAGCAGCAGAAAGGAAAGCAGCAGAUCAGGCAGGGGGCACAUGGCAGGGCAGCAGGUCAGGCAGAAGAAGGGGAUCAGAGUGGCACUCUCUUCAAAAGAGUUAGCUCCCACUUACUUAGGUUAUGUCUGGAUUGCAAAAAGGUGCUUAGAAGUUAGUUAAACACAUCAUUGUUGUCCUCAAACUCCACUCCUCCCAUCUAACUACAAUGCAGGGGACCCUGGGUUAAAUACAGCUACGUUAUAAUAUGUUACUAUUACAUAAGGUCUGGCCAUUCAGAUUCAUGGUGAGACUCUGCAAAUUGAAUAUUUCCUGUCCCUCAGAAGCAGUCUCUCUCAGAACGCUAAUAUCAAUGAAGAAAUCCAACAUCAGCUCAAAUGUGUAAGUGCAGCCUUUGGACGCCAGAGGAAACAGGUAUUCAAAGGUUGCAGCAUCAGAUCCAAAACCAAGCUCAUGGUUUAUCAAGCAAUUGUGAUCCCCAGCUUACUGUACGGAGCUGAGGUGUUGACAACAUACAGGAGAUGCCUUAAGUGGUUGCAGAAGCAUCAUCAAUUCUGUUUGUGAAAGAUCCUUUGAAUCCAGUGAAAAAGACACACCAACAUUAACAUCCUCUCGCAAGCCAACACCGCAGGCACUGAGGUGAUGAUCAUCCUACAGCUUCACUGGGCCAGCCACAUUAUCCGGAUGUCCAAUUUCAGACUCCUGAAGCAAGUCUUAUUCUCCCAACUCAGUCAAGGCAUACACUCAAGAGGAAAGUAGAGAAAGUGCUUCAAAAACAUCCUCAAGGCCAACUUGGAAAAAAAUACAGCAUUGACACCAGCUCAUUGGAGAAUGUCACCCAGGACUGCCCCAAAUGGAGGAAGUCUGCUGCAAUGAUCAGUACUUUGAAACCUUAUGGUGACAAUAGGAGACAGAAAAGCAGGAGCAGCAGAAACAGCAUGUCACAGACCAAAUAAAAAAUCCAGAGCCAUAUACCCUGCAUAGAAGCACGUGGCUGAGUUGCAGCAGAGUCUUUCGAUCCCAGAUUGGCCUCAUCAGCCAUCUUUGAACUCGCAGAUAAGACAACCAUGGAAAAUAAUCAUCCUCAACUGCAAAGAAUACAUAAGGUGGCUAGAGAUGUUUCAAACUAUCCUAGCUAAUGCAGUUUUAAAAAGCAUCUUCUUUGUCUAUUUUUAUGUAGAUAGAUUUUAUGUAGAUAGAUUUUAAAUGGUUCUAAACUGAGGAAAAUAAUUAAAAGAGUUGAAAGAGUCUUAAUCAUGUAGUAUUCUAGCAGUUUAGGAAUGGAAUUUUACCUGUGCAAUUUACAUUACAAUGAAUGAGGAACAGUCUUUUAGCCAAGUAGCAUACAACUUAGUGCUUCUCCCUAUUAUUCAGUAGGCUCCCUUGAAAAUAAGAACAUGAUCCUGAAUUUCAUGUUUGUUUAUUUAUAAUCUAAAUACAUCACACUCACUAAUUAAUUUAUCUUCGUGUUCCUUGUGUGAUAGAAAACAAUUUUUAUUUCAGUUUUAUUAGAAGGGGAUUAGGAAGUCUACUGCAGAAUGAGGAUCUGAACACAGGUCUUCCAUAGUCUUAGUGCCUUAACCACACUGCCAUUUUUCUUACUUUCUAUGCAUGAGAUUUAUUACACCUGAAUAGAAAGACCAGGAGAAAAUGAGCCCAAGAUAAAGAUGAUUGGCACCAGUUGACUUCUGUUUUAUGCACUUUAAUGAAAUCAUCAUUAGGAAGGAGAAUGAUAACAUUUUUAAUUCAUAGUCCUUCUAAAGGUUACAUAAAAUAAAGAUAAGAUAUUGCUAUUA